CUUCUCCUCACCCUCUUCCUCCCCCUCGCCUUCCCAAACUAGCAAAAUGCACCCCCUCAUCCUCCUCCUUUCCCUUUCCCUCCCACUCACCCUCGCCCAACUCCCCUCUUCCCCCCGUUUCGACCUCACCAAACCUUCCUACGACCUCUUCCGCCACAGAACCCUCCACGACUCCACCGUCCAACAAUCCUUCACCUUCGACAACACCAACGCGCGCCUCUUCGUCUCCCAGCGCCGCAACGGCGCCGACUCCUCCCUCGGCAACCUCUGCAUAACCCAGCUCGACUUUUCCGGCAACCAGGUAGGGUAUAUGCACCUGACUGGCUUCGGCCACGGCGUGUCUUUCGGCGCGCAAGCAGUCGGAACCUCUACCUACCUCUGGACAGAAGUUGACGCCAACUCCAACGGCUACGGCACCCGCCUAGCCCGUUUCAAAUUCACCUCCGGAACCUCCCUCUCAGCCUCAAGUCCCACCCUCCAAAAAUUCAAACCCAUCCCAGCAGCAACCGAAUUCACCUGCUCAAUCGACCCAGUAAACAACCGUCUAAUAGUGCGUUAUCACCUCUCCGGAUCAGGCAAGCACAUGGCCGUCUACACCCUCGCCGCCGCCACAGCAGGCGACUUUUCGUCCCCCUUGGUAAACUUCAAAAUCCCAACAAUCACCACGCUCGGCGGCGCGUUUCAGGGGUACGCCGCGCAUGGCAGGCACUUGUACCUCUUAUGGGGCGACAGCUACGACGUCACAGGGGGCGGCGUCAACUCUCAAGUGGCAACUGUCGACAUGAACACUGGGUUGCUGGUGCAAGGACCGACGUUGACAAAGGCGGGAGAGAGUCUUGUUUUCAGGGAAGCAGAAGGCAUGGCCGUCUAUCGGACGGCAGCGGGCCAGACAAGAUUAUUUUUGGGCUUCGCGAGCGGUGUUGCGGGGGAUAGGAGGUCGAAUUUGUUUUUCAAGAAUGCUACGAUUGGCUAG